AUGGAACUAUGGGACCAUCUUGAUGUUGACCUCCCUCUUCUGGACCUCGAGAAUAAUUCUGAGACGAGCAUUGGCCAUCCGCUCCUACAACGGCUACGAUCGUGGUAUCAGGCACGGUUACAGCACCGCGCCGGGACCUCGCCUCAGGCCACCGACGAGGAGCUCAUCCCAAUCGCGGAGAUGAUGAGCACACUUUUCUCCGAGGCGAAUAAAUCGGUGCCACUAUCGAAGAACUUGGUCUUCCUGGCGAUCCCAGACUUUGAAAAUAGCACCAGUGAUACAUUCACGCGGUCGAUUCGACAACUUGUCCACUUGGCUGGACUCGACCGCCUCAGUUUCCAAAGACAGAGCCAGCUCUCACUUUUACACAUCUAUAACCUGGACAACUGUUUUGGAAUCUGGCUGGAUCCGGUAACCGAGGUUCCGGACGAAGAGUGCGAAAAAUACAAAGGCAGACACAUACAGUCGGUACUCUCCGUCCAUCUCGAUCGAUCCUCUCUAAGUUUGCGGUCAAUGAUACGCGACGACGGCAUAUUCCCUCACGAGCCGGGCUCCGUCAAAUUCCUCUGGGCGGAUGAAGAAGAUGCCAAAGCGAACACCACGGAUUGGGACGGGGUGGAACAUGCACUCGAACGCUUCUUGCACGACCACGAUAUCAUGUUUGAUCUCCUGCUCCUCUCCGGCGCCCAUGUCAAGGCCUCCGAUUUCCAACGAAUAAUCCGAGACAGGUUCAAAGACAACGAGAAAAUCGUGGCUCAGGACUACUUGCGAGGGUCCAAGGAUCACCUGUUUGCCGCGGCGAGGGGAGCUGCGCAGCUUGCGAGGGUCCGCUUGUGUGUGGGUGAUGAUGCAUGCAUGCCCAACUCGUGGUGCCCGAUCAGCGAGCAUUGUAAGAAAUGGGCAUGGUACAUAGAUUCGGAUGACCAUGCUGUCAGGAAGACAGAACUCUAG